AUGUGUGUCACGAAAAAGAAACAGAAGGAUGUUCGUUCGACACGUAUCAUUGGCCAACCGCCGAAUCCGCCCGGUGGUGGUCCUCCGAUGAUGGCCUCCUCGUUCACACCGGCCGCCACGGCCACGCCGGCCACGCGGUCCGCGACCGCUCAGUCCGCGGACAAGCGACACAGCAAAUCGAAGAAAAUGUCGAAAGAGAAAAAAAGCGAAGCCGAGAGGAAAUCGGAGGAUCACAACGAGAACAACAUGUCCGAACUGAAGAAGCUCGCCGAACGAGCGAUUAGCAUGGGAAAGGGACCGCCGGUGGUGCCACCGGUCAAGCGCGACGCGAAACGCAUCCCGGACGGUUUCAAAUCGCCCAAAGAUAAGCAAUACAUUACACUAGAGGAGGCGGUUCCGAUGUUCGAAAAAGCGCGUCUCAAAGGAUUCAACGAUGAUGAGAAGACGUUGAAGGUAGAAGCCACGCAACCGUCGGCGGGUGAUGAGCAAAAGAAUCAGAAUCAAAAUCAGAAGCAGAAGAAGGCGAGUGAAGAGAAGUCGAGUGCCGUGGCGAGCAAGGAGUGA